UGAUUCGGCAAAUGGAAACAAAAUCUUGAAAAUAACAUUACUACUUAUUGUUUUAUGACUUUCCACUUCAAGGCCUAUAAACUUCCACUUUAUGGCUUUUUGUACCUUUUUGUUUGAUUUAUAACUCAUUUCCAAAUUAGGAUAAAAUAUUAUCAGUGCCAAAGUGUUAGUGAGGAAUUGAAUUAUUUGAUGCUUUUAAUUUUUGAAUAAUUUCAGUAUCUUCGAGUUAAUCUCUUUUCCAAGAUGAGUGUGCAAGCUUUUGAAGAUCUCAUUCGGGGUCCCUUAACAACUUUUGUUCAACUAUCCAAAAAAAUUGGUGGUGAUGUAUCAGCUCAGGCUGACCUUGUACAAAGUGCUUUCCAGGCAGAAUUUCAAUUUAUCAAAUAUGCCAGUGAACAUAGUACUCCAAGUAAUGAUGAAAAGCAAAAACUCCUACAGCCAACUAGUUCAAAAAUUCAAGAAAUUCAAACUUUAAGAGAGAGAAGUCGUGGCUCUCCUUACUUUAACCAUUUAAGUGCAAUCAGUGAAAGUAUACCUGCAUUAGGAUGGGUAGCUGUGGCACCUGCUCCUGCACCAUAUGUUAAAGAAAGCAAUGAUACUGGUCAAUUUUACACUAACCGUGUGCUAAAAGAUUGGAAAGAAAAAGAUAAGACUCAUGUUGAAUGGGCUAAGACUUGGGUUCAACUUUUAACUGAUUUACAAGCUUAUGUGAAACAAUAUCAUACUACAGGACUAGUUUGGAGUAAAACAGGAUCAGGGCUAGCUGGUGGUCCUCCUCCUCCCCCUCCUGUCGGUUUACCACCAAUGGAUGAUUUGUGUUUAGCACCCACUGAUCCUAGUGAAACAAGCCGCUCAGCAUUAUUUGCAGAAAUAAAUCGUGGAGCUGAUAUUACUAAAGGUUUAAAAAAAGUAUCUCCUGAUAUGCAAACUCAUAAAAACCCUAAUAUGCGAAUCAGUGGUCCAGCUCCUGCAGUAAUUGGUAGUUCAUCAUCAUCUACUACACCUAAACUAGUUGCAGAAAAACCUCCUGUUUUUGCUCGUGAUGGAAAGAAAUGGUUAAUCGAAAAUCAGAAAAAUAAUACUAACCUUGUAGUUGAUGGUGCCGAGAUGAACAAUGUUGUAUACAUAUUUAAAUGUAUUAACUCUACUAUCACAGUGAAAAACAAAAUAAACUCUAUUGUUAUGGAUUCUUGUAAAAAAUCUUCUAUAGUGUUUGACUCUCUUGUGUCUUCAGCUGAAUUCAUUAAUUGUCAAUCAGUACAAAUGCAAGUAAUAAAUAAAGUACCAACAAUCACAGUCGAUAAGUCAGAUGGCUGUCAAAUAUACUUAAGUAAGGAUUCAUUAAGUGCUGAAAUAGUAACGUCAAAGUCAUCAGAAGUGAAUGUUAUGGUUCCUAAAGCAGAUGGUGAUUACUCUGAAUAUCCUAUACCUGAACAAUUUAAAACAACUAUUGGACCCAAAGGUCUAAAUACUAUUAUUGUUGAAGCUACUGGUUAACAUACUAUUUACUCAAAUAUUAAAUACAUAUAUAUUGAUUUAUUUAUUCAAUUGAUAAAUCUUAAGAAUUUAAAUAUUACUAAAAUUUCAAGCUAAAUAUGUUUUCAUUAUUUUUAGACUAGCUUUAUUUGAUGCAGUUUUUUAAGUUAUCAAACUAUGUUUUAAUAACAUUUUUAAUACAUUUUAAUUAAAUGUUUAAUAUUUUAUUAUUAAUUCUUGGUUGAUUAUUUUUAUAUCUAUCUCAAAAAAAUCUGCUCAUAAUAAAUGUAGUAAUAUUUAAAUAUCAUGUGUAGUUUUUAUACCAAAUUUUUUUUUACUAAAAUGUAUGUUUGGAAAUUAAUUUAUUUCUUUAAUAUAUUUUGAUUAUAUUUGUGAUUAUUCAUUAAUAACAUUUUUUUAUCAUUGGAAUAUUUUUAGUAAUUAUACUAAAAAAAGGUUUUACAGGAAACUUAAAAUAUUUAUUUAUUUAUUUUUUAACAUGAAAUAUAUUAACAUUUAUUUAAU